UUAGCUUCUUUCCUAUUAGAAACCGAAGCCGUACUGUUUGAUCUGCUGGAGGCUUUUACACUGAAAUAGCGAAUAUUUGUGGCAUUUCAUGGGCGUCGUGGUUUCCUUGGCACCUUGACAAUGAAGUGACGUUUUGGUCGGUGCGGGACACUGGCCCUCCCUCAGCAGGAAGGCAGGAUGAGGAAAUGAAUGGAGGAGAGCUAGAAGAGGAGUAUCAAGGAGGAGGAGGAGAGGAGGACUGUGGGCAGCUUCCUGCAGACGUCCUCUGUGGGAGCGGCGCCCUGUCUCCGUCCCGCCAGGCCAGAGCUGGUCACCGCUGUCCGGUAUGCGGCCGUGAGUUUUCCCGUCCGUCCCGCCUGGCCGACCACAUGAGCUCCCACUCGGGCGAGAAGCGGCACAGCUGCGGCGUGUGCGGCAAGCUCUUCACCAAGAAGAUCAACGUGGCGGUCCACCAGCGCGUGCACACGGGCGAGAAGCCCUACUCCUGCUCUGACUGCGGUGUCAGCUACGCCCAGCUGGGCUGCCUGCGGCGCCACCGCCUGGUGCACGCCGCCCAGAAGCCGCACCGCUGCGCCACCUGCGGGCGCGGCUUCACGCAGCGCCGCUACCUGGAGCAGCACGAGCGCACGCACACCGGCGAGCGGCCGUUCGGCUGCGCGCUGUGCCCCAAGCGCUUCGCCUCGCGCACCGGACUGAACGACCACCAGAAGGGCCACAGCGAGCAGAACCUGCUGUCCUGCCCCAUCUGCCAGAAGCUCUUCUCCACGCCGUCCGCCUACCGCGACCACGUGCGGCUACACACGGGGCAGAAGCUGCACCCCUGCACGCUGUGCGGCAAAAGCUUCAACCGGCCCGGCCUGCUGAGGAAGCACCUGCAGAAACACGCCGAGCAGAAGAACCUGGAGCGCCACCCCUGUCCCCAGUGCCAGAGGGAGUUCUCCUCUGUGGAGAAGCUGCAGCAGCAUGAGAAGCUCCACCAGCAGGAGAUGCAGUUCGUGUGUGACAUCUGUGGGCGGGGCUUCCCGCGGGCGUACCGGCUGAGCGAGCACAUGCGCUCGCACACCGGCGAGCGGCCGUUUCAGUGCGCCGUCUGCAAGAAGCGUUUCUCCACGCACGGCGUCUACAGGAGGCACAGGAAGAUCCACAACAAGGGCGUCACCGCCGCUGAUGACCAGGUGGAGGGCAGACAGACUGAGGAUGGAGAGCGGACGGUGCCGUCAUUGACCGACCUCCCCCCUGACUCCUCCCAGAAGCGUUACACUUGUUCUGUCUGUGGGAAAAGCUACACGAGGCCUUUCAGACUGCGGGAGCACUCCAAGAUCCACGCCGCCGACGCGCUGCACCGCUGCUCCGUGUGCGGCACGGCGUUCAGCACGGCCGGCGGCCUGCGGGCGCACCACAAGGUGCACCUGGGUGAACGCCCCCACGAGUGUGGCCUGUGCCCCCGCAGCUUCAAGAAGCCCUGCCUGCUGCGGAAGCACAUGAGGGUCCACAUCAAGGAGGGGCUGGUGCUGGAUCCCACGCACAAGGACUUCAUCAUGAAGACCAAGGUGGAGGAGGAGGAAGUGGAGGAGGAGGAGGAGGAGGAAGAGGAAGAGGAGGAGGACUUGAUGAAGGUGAAGCGUGGCGCGCUGCCCGAGCGGGAUUCGGCGCAUCUUCCCUCCUUGGUCACCAGACCUGCCCGUCGGUCUGGUAACCGUGGCAACCAGAGCGGGGCAGUGCAGGCGGAGAACGGCCAGGAGCCGAAGGAGGGAGACGUGAGCGGCUUGAUCAACUCUGAAGGGGAGGAGGAGGACUGGAAGCUGGUGGUUAAUGACGCAGACGGCACGUCAGACCUGCAGCCGGACGUCGCCGCCGCCGCCGCCGAGGGGAAGCAGGGUCACCACUGCCCCGUCUGCGGACGCGACUGUUUCAAGGCGUCGGCGCUGCAGAAGCACCUGCGCAUCCACUCGGGCGAGCGCCCAUUCCAGUGCGCCACCUGCAGGAAGAGCUUCACGCAGCAGGUGCACCUGCGGGAGCACCUGAGGAUCCACACCGGCGAAAAGCCCUACAGCUGCGCCCAGUGCGGCCGCAGCUUCACUUUCUCCAGCGCGCUGCGCCGCCACCAGCGGCUGCACGCCGACGCCCGGCCCUACGAGUGCCCCGUCUGCCACAAGACGUUCAAGCAGCAGGGGGCGCUCAAGGGCCAUGAGCAGACGCAUUCUAGUAUCCGCUACCAGUGCAGCGUCUGCCACAAGAGCUUCAAGCAGCUGGUGACGCUCAAAGGCCACGAACUCACGCACACCGGUGUCCGCUACCAGUGUGCCGUGUGUGGCCAAACCUUCGGCUCGGCCGUGGAGCUCGGCCAGCACAUUGACGUGCACGCCAAUGCCGCGUCGUACUUCUGCCACAUCUGCCAGAAGAACCUGAGCGGAGCCCAGGUCUACCAUGACCACAUGAGGAUGCACGAGUCGCAGAGUCCGCCGCCACCACUGCCGCUCGAGUCGCAGAGUCUGCCGCUACUGCCGCUCGAGUCGCAGAGUCUGCCGCUACUGCUGCUCGAGUCACAGACUUCGCCGCCGCCGCACGGGUCCCAAAGUCCACCGCCGCAUGGGUCCCAGAGUCCACCGCCGCCCUACGAGUUGCACAUUUCCCCGCCGCACGAGUCGCAGAGUCGGCCGUCGCUAGUUGUGGUGAAACAGGAAGAGAACGAAGACCAUGUCUGAAAGAAAAAAGAAAGGAGCUGGACUUGCGUAGCAUCAUGGUGCACAGGUGCACACGAACUGAUAAAUGUCUCUCUGGGUUUCCUUCGCCCUCAUGUAAGACUGGCAGGCUGAGUAUUGUAGCGAUCACUUUAAAAAGUAACUUCCUCAGACCAAGGGCAGCCUGCAAGUCUACACUCAGAGAGAAGAGGUUUAAAGGUUCUUGUUACAACAGGGGAGCAAUGUGUGCUGAAGGGUGUGAGUUGGACAUUUGCAGGUUGAACCUGUGAAUGUCUCCUCACCUCAGACUGCCUGUCAGUGUUUUACAUGCCUUCCUUCCUUUGGGCUUUGCUUCCCGACAUUAGACUUGCAGGCUUUGUGUCUUCUGGUCUGCAGCUACACAGCCUUCUUGUCUCCUGCUGGCCAGUGACCUUAAACCAAACAUUACAGGAUGGGAGGCUGGUACCUAACGUGACAGUUGCGCCUUCCAGUCUGAAUUGAGGGAAGAGGAAACAAGAUUCAUACGCAUUACUGCCGUGAUUGGAGAGUGAAAUGGAAACAGACUGAGAUGUCCAAGGCAUCGACAGAGACGUUGAAAGGGCCUUGUGAACACACACACGCACACAUUAAUUGACACAGAUGUUUUGUCUUCAUGAAAAGUGAGCCUACAGCCCUCACUGAGGGCAAAUGAACCCAGAGUCUGUGCCUUCAGGUCUGAAAUGAAUUUGUAAAGAAAAAAUGGCACUGAGAAUCACAAAAGGACAGAAAUGAACCUACGAGUGAAGACCAAGGAACACACACAGUGUAUGUCCUCCAUGUAAAGGCCUUUCAUGUCUCUGGGGACUGCUGUCUUCAGUGAUCAGUGAUCUGUGUUUGUCUUAAAGGCACACUUCCACAUUUUUGGAGCCUGCAAAAAACAUCAAGGAAAAAAACAAACAU